AUGGAAGUUUUCAAUGCCAACACUGAUGUGACCAAAUACGGUGCCGAAUUGUUCAAAGUUUACUCGGACACUGUUUUUGCAAAUAAUUAUGAGAAGGUACAAAAAAGAAACUUUGAUGUUCUGAAAAUUUCGGUUUACUCACAAACAAUAUCCAUUUUUGCAGUUAUUCGACUUUUACGAUGAAAACGCCGUGCUUCUUGAAAAGGGGAAGGAAUCAUUCUUCGGCUCCAAAGCAAUCAUCCAGGCUAUCAAAAGCUAUCAUGAUAAACUUGGACCAAGUAGCACUGAAGUAAGAAAUCCUUGAAUCCCAUCUGAUAACAACAUAAAUAAAAACAGAAUAUUCAGAACUACAAUCUACGAAUCGAACACGCUGGAAAUGUUCUUGUGAUCACUAGCAAAUAUAAGGUGAGAUAGAAUGAUUUAUUCUGAACCUAUAACAAUUCUAGGUUCAGUCGGCUGUUGACAACAAAGUCAUUGAAGGCGAUUAUAUUCAAUUUUGGAGAUGUGAUAUUGGCGAAACACCAAAAAUCAUUCGAGAUGAAUUCACUAUUGAUAAUGAGCAUUAA